UUGAAUUUCUUCCGUAUGAAUUUCUUUGUAUCAUGGAGAUACCUGUGCUUUUAUUUAGUCAUUCAUGUCUACUUUCUCUGUUUUUGUACUGUUUUUUAUAGGAUAAGUUGGAUAUCCAACAUUAUUGUGGUGGUCUCUCCUGAAAAUAUUGAAACAAUGAAGUCUAUCAUUGAAAAAUAUGGCCACAAAAGAGUUGUGAUAGUAAAAGGUGGAAUAACUCGUCACCGGUCAAUUUUCAAUGGACUGAAAGUAUUUGUGGAGAAUGAAUUUUCCAACCAUCUACUCCAGAAACCAGAAGUAGUGAUUAUCCAUGAUGCUGUGAGGCCGUUUGUUGAAGAAGAUAUUCUUUCAAAAGUGGUUAUGGCUGCUAAAGAACAUGGGGCUGCAGGAGCAAUUCGUCCUCUAGUUUCUACUGUUAUUGCCUCUGCUGCAGAUGGCUGUUUAGACCACUCAUUGGAACGUGCCAGGUACAGAGCGAGUGAAAUGCCUCAGGCUUUCUUAUUUGAUAUAAUCUAUGAAGCAUACCAACAGUGUACAGACUAUGAUCUGGAUUACGGAACUGAAUGUUUGCAUCUGGCUCUGAAAUACUGUAAAACGAAUGCCAAACUUGUUGAAGGAACAGCUGACCUCUGGAAGGUGACCUACAAGCGGGAUCUGUAUGCAGCUGAAUCUAUUAUUAAGGACAACCUAUCACAACAAGUUUGUGUCAUUACUGAUGUCAAGGAGGCUGUUGCACAAAUAGGUUUUCUCCUUCAUGAAACUCUGAAAAGCCAAAUUGAAGCUGUAUCGAUAUCUCUAAGCAAAAGUGAUAGCCAUCUACAAAACAUCUUUUCAGGACAGUGCUACAAUUUUGUUUGCAUAAAUGAUAAAAAGUAUGCCAUUCAAGAAGCCCAGCAGCUAGUCGAUAUGUUGGAAAAAUCAAAUCUUCCUCUCUUAUAUCCAGUUGUCCUUAUUUUGAUGCACUUGGAUAUUUCAGAAAAUAUUUCUUUUAGCAUUGGGAUAGAAGAACUAACUAGGAUCAAGAAAUUUGCAGGGGAAAUGAAAAAGAAAAAUAUUUUGGUUUAUGGUCUCCUUAUCCAAUAUAAGGACCAUUUGGUGCUUCAGAAGAUAGUAAAUUCUGCUGCUGCUCUUAUCAUGGCAUUAAUAAAGGACAGAAAUCCGGAGCUGAUUGGCCAGCUGUUGGUAGCAUAAGACCAUAAAUCAUAUGUAACUUUUGGAAAUGUUUCUUUUUCAUCAUCCAUUCACCAAAGGUCUUGAAUCAUUUUACCCUUUGAUGAAAACUAUGAAUUUCUGACAUUUAUUAUUAAGAUCUUUUAACAACAUAUUUUUGAUACUUAAAAUUCAAGUCUGAUGUUAUGUAUAAAGUGUAAAAUGAAAUACAAAUCAUUCUGAGAUACACUGGGUGCAUACUGUGAGGAGUGAUACUGACAUAUUUUUGUGAGGUACCAAUCACUUAAAAAGGUGCACAAGACACCAAAGCAUUCAUGCAGAAUUAUCUUUAAGCCAUGUAUGUGUGUUGUACUCUAGGACUGCAUGAAUUAAAUUUUAUUUAAGACAAAUAAUCAUAAAGCACAGCUCAACUUAUUUAUAUGGUAUUAUUUUAAAAUUGCUACUGUACUUAUUAGUGAAUGUAGAGUUCAUUAUACAGUGUAGCCUUCCUGACGUGCAAGAAAUGUUUGAAAUGUCCUCCUCGUCCUCCAUGGAGUGAAAGUAAUGUUGAAUCUAAGAAGAGAUGUGCACGGGGAAAAUGAGGUGCUAAACCCCAGUUUUCCAGAUGCAGUAUGCUCUGGCUGUAACACUCCUUAGUGCUACACUUCUUCCAGUGCCCAUGUACCAUCAUUCAGAACUAGUUCCAGUAGCUCCACUGAGUACUGUAUUACACAUACUCUUUGUGUUUGCAAAUGCAUGUACAUAUGUGCAUGCUAUGUGCAUAUGCAUGCUUAAAGAAAGAAAAAAGGGUUAAGACAAAAAAAAAAUGUUUUUCAACCCAAUCUGUAGGUUAUGGAGAAAUAGGAAGAUUCUGUUAGUUCAUCUACAAGAAUACAAUUUUCAUCUCUUACUGGCUAGCAUACAUAUGUAUUAAUUAGUAGUGAAGAGGGCUGAGUGUUAUGAGUUCAAAUAUAUGUUACAUUGAUAUUCAAGUGUGGAAAGUUGUGACAGGAAGGUGAAAUGGUGAAUGGUUAUUAUGUGGAGUAUCUUAAGGUAUCACAACCACUAAGAGCAAUAGAAGAGGACAGUACCUGAAAACACCUGUCCCUCCCUAUGCAUCAGACUCAGGAAUUCCAGCUCCCCUUCAAUUUGUGAAGGGGCUAGGUUAAUGUCUUACAUACCUGCCACGAUUGGAAUAAGGUCUUAGAGAAGUAUCCCCACCAGAAGUGUCCAGUGAGUCCCCCAUUCAGUCUAUUCUAAGUGACAGCAUUGUCAGUUCAGCAAGUUUCCCUCUGAAACCAGCAUUCAUCCCCUUAUUCCCACCAUGUUCCAUCCACUCCCUCUGGUGCUCAGACAAAAUUUAGGAUAGCAUGAUGCAUGCUUGGUCCCCUUCCACUUCCUAUUUUCCUUCACCUGAUGGUUUAUAUCUCUGUUUGAAAUCCCCUUUAGAAGCUGAUGUUGUUCCCAAACUUCCUUCAUUGCACGAUAAAAGAGAGUUGUUAGCUAACACUUCUAUAUCCAAAGCACACGUUUUCUUCUACACAGAAGUUAUCAUUAGACAACUAACAAAGUUCAUGUGCAUCAUCUGCUUUCUUUUUGCUUCUCUCUCCUCUCUAGUUUGAUUAAUAAUUUGUCCUUUUCUGACAUAGUACAACAUAAGCAUUCAUAUUAGCUCUGUGUUUGGCUAUACAAUAGGUAUAUUUUAUUUAUAUAUAUAUUCAUGUCUGUUCAUAUGCAGAGUACUCAAAUAAAUGAGGAACUAAAGAAUUUAUUAUUGGUAUUCAUAAUUUAACAGGACAGCUUUCACAAACAGGUUUUCUGAAUUCACUUUUACAUUGAUAAAUUUAAUGGAGAAAUGCACCCUACAGGCUUUUAAAAAACACAAUGAAAGAUGUCUCUUGACUGUAUUUUGUGAUUCUUUUCUUGAAGACUAAAAUAUAAUCUGUGAUGUGUUUUCCCCACAUAAUAAGCAAGUGAAUUUAGAAAAUUCUUCGUGUUUUCCAUCCACUCUUAUUUAUACAUUGUGAUACUGCCUUAGGAUUGAUUUCUGUGUAAUUUACCAUAUGCUUAAACAGAACUUUUACUUUGUAGGGUUGUUUUACUUAUCUCAUUCUAUUAAAAGGAUUUCAAUCCAAUUUAAAAUGUUACUGCUAUGAACUCUUGUAAUGAAAAAUUAUAUUAUGGUUGUUUAUGGACUUAUUUAAAUAAAUGAACAGACAACACACAACAAAAAGUUAAGUUUCAGGUCAUCAAACAUACUUAGUACUAAUCUUAAAUGGAAGAUAAUAAGCUUUAUUAAUGUACUGUUAAUCACUGCAUUAUGGAUUUUUUUAAAGAUUAUUUUAAAAUAAUCUACAAACACUGAAAAAUCUAUUUUGCUGGAAGCAAAUACACCAACAACAGAACUACUAGAACAGAUCAUGAAAUACUAGAACUGCAGUAAAAAAAAAAAAAGGAAAAAGAAACUGGACUGUGAUUAAUGCUAUUGUGUAUCCAAACCAAAUUUAAAUGGUCUUUUGGAUGAUUGUUAAUACUUACAA